CACACAGACAGGAACUCGUGAUUAGAAAAUUCACCCCUCCCACUUUUCCGCAAAUUUUAGUGGUCAAAAGCAACCUUUCAACCAAUGAACUACAUUUCCCAUCAUGCCUUGGCAUCGCCCCCGUUGCUUUAUUCCUCUUCCGGUUUGGUUCGUUGCCUAGAGCUCCUCUAAGCCGGAAGUCGCUCGCAGAACUUGCGUAGAGCCGCUUUAUUAACGGCUAGGCUAGAGGAUCUCAGUCCAGCGGGUGCUAGGUAAAAAGUCAGCAGUUGCUCAUCGGCCAUGGCGCUGAACAGGAACCAUUCGGAGGGAGGCGGCGUCAUUAUCAAUAACAGCGAAAGCAUCUUGAUGAAUUACGAGCACAUUGAAAUGACAUUCCAUGAUAUGGAACAUAUGCCAGAGGCAUUUAAAGGGACCAAGAAAGGCAGUGUCUUCAUGACUCCAUAUCGAGUUAUUUUUGUAUCUAAGGGAAAAGAUGCAAUGCAGUCUUUCAUGAUGCCCUUUUAUUUAAUGAAAGAAUGUGAAAUUAAGCAACCCGUGUUUGGAGCAAAUUACAUCAAAGGUGUCGUAAAAGCAGAGGCAGGAGGUGGUUGGGAAGGAUCCGCAACGUUCAAAAUGACAUUCUCAGCUGGAGGUGCCAUUGAGUUUGGACAGCGUAUGUUGCAAGUAGCAUCUCAAGCUUCAAGAGGAGAAGUUCCCAAUGGAGCCUAUGGUUACUCAUACAUGCCAAAUGGGGGCUAUACCUUCCCACCACUUGCUACCAAUGGGAUGUAUCCUCCUCCUCCUUCAGGAUACCCUUAUCCACCACCACCACCUGAAUUGUAUCCUGGUCCACCAGUGGAUGGUGCUAUGGGAUACAUGCAGCUUCCACCUCCUCCCUAUCCUGGGCCUAUGGAACCACCUGCUGCUGGCCCAGAUCUUCCCACCACUCCAGCAGCUGAAGCUAAGGCUGCAGAAGCUGCUGCCAGUGCAUAUUACAAUCCAGGGAACCCUCAUAAUGUCUACAUGCCCAUGGACCAGCCUCCUCCACCUCCUUACUUUCCUCCAGAGGACAAGAAAACCCAGUAGAGAAACAUCAUCACACAUUGCAUCUUUUAUUGCCAUAUGGCUAAAUAUUGAUUAGGGAUAUGACAGCGAUAAGAGCCACCUUGUCUCCCCCCCCCCAGUACAUGUAUCUGUCAUGGACAGAAAUGAUAGAUAUAUGUGCCAGUAGGAAAGUGUUUCUAACAUUUUUCUGGAUUGGUAAUGCACAGACACUUAAUAUUUCGUUCUCCUCUGUAUGAUAUAAUGAAGAAUUCUUUUCCCCGUCCCACAUUUUAAUUGCCCCAGAGAACAUUCUUUCUUGAAGAAAGACUACUUCAGCUGAAACUCAUCAACAACUAUUGAAUUUAGUAGGUGUUGAUAUUUUAGGUGCUGCCCAGCUCAUUCACCAUGAAGCUUCAGAAGAAAAUUAUCUGUGAUCUUUUGAUUGGUUCUUCGUUGCAUGAACCCUGCCAUCCUAUGAUUAAGGAAGUUCACUGAUCUUCUGACAAAUUUAACGGCAUGUAUUAGACAUUUGAUUCUACUUGGACAAUGGAAUUUUCUGCCAUUUCUUCUACAAGAUGCAUGUAUGGUGGUACAAACGCUUCACACUACGGACAGUCUUGUCUAUUCCUUUAAUACCUUGGCUCUUUCAGUUUUACAGUGACAAAGUGGUGGCUGCGUAGUUUUAGCCAGGAAAGCAUCUUUACCUCUAUAGUUAACAGGGUAGUUGAUUUGACCAAAUGGCUGAUCAUCCUAGUAGUAGGUGAUAUGGUUUCUAAGAGAGAAAAUAAUCAUAUAUAAGCUUAUUUAUGUAUUUAAUUUAUUAUUGCCUAGAUAUUAUUUCUUUUAUUUUGAGUGUAUUGCAGCUUGAAGGAACAGAUUUUUUUUUAUUGUUUUCAGCCAUCACUCACUGAUGUGGUGAACAUCAGAUUAUCUUUCAGUUCAAUAACUCUUUGGUUUAACUUGACAAAUUCAAAGGCUUUGCUAAAAAAAAAAGGUCAAAGGAUUUGUGCAUUUCCUCUUUCCUCACGUACAAUUCUUAUCAGUAAAAUGUCACACACAAAUCACAAUAAGGCAAAAUUCUUUUCUGGAAACAAAAUGGGGGGGGGGAAGGUAAGAGGUAGGAUUUUAGGAAUUUUCUAUGGCAGUAGGUCUUUAGAUGUAUGGCUUCCAAACAUUUUGGAAACUUAUCAGAACACUUGAAAUCCUAGUGCUGGCAUCCCCUCAUCUGUCUGAAUCAAUGAAAAUCUACUCUUAACUCUUUAACAUUGAAUUUGAUUUAAUGCUGAAAUGAAAUAGAUUCAAAACUAUUUAAAACUACUGUCCUUGAUAAUAAAAAAAUAUUUGAAAUUGCCAUUUCCAGUACUGCCAAUAUAUAUAUAUAUAUAUAUAAAAAUCUUGGACCUUCUUUUGCUGUUGGCUUCAGUCCAAGUUCUAUGUAGUGCUUGAAGCAGCACCGGUUAUUUCCAACUUUGGGCGCAUCUCUGCUCUCUCCCGCUCCACAGUAGAUACAAAUUGCUUCCUGGCUUUUGCUCCAGAUUGUCCUGGGGCAAAACACAGUAUCUGGUAAAGAGAGCACAGCCGAAUAGGAUGAUCUUAGUGCAUGCUUCUGCAAUGCUUAGUUUUUGCUUCCCUGACUUAGCACAAAUAUUUCGCUAUUAUUAAAAUUUGUGAACAAGCAAACUUAUUUAUGACCCAUUUGCAUUACUCUGAACACUGCUACACGUCUGUAGAUUUGAGAAACAGCCAUCUCACUUCAGGUUGGAAGUACUGCAGCAUAAACAUUCAGAUGCUUUUUCAGCAAAAGUGUUCCGGCACUCUUUCCUCUAGAAACUGAAACACCGUUUAACUGAUAACUAGGUUUGCAGACUGACUAUAGCCUACUUUAGGUUUCUUUAGUACGGUAUGGUUUUUUCAAAUGGUUUCUAGCUGACCUAUGAUAUACUUAAAAAGCCAUGCAUUUUUUCCCCUAGAUUUGCUAUUUAAACGAAAGUGAUGUAACAAAAUUGUUAUAUUAAAAAUCAGUAUGUAUUUUGGAGAAAUUUUUGUUAAUAUGGAUGUGAAAUGGCUCUCUUGAAUGUGAGGCUAUCUUUUGAUUUGCUGAGACUGUGAAAUAAAAUACAUGACAUCA